AUGCGCUUGAGUGUCUGGGCAUGCGCAGUAGUGGCCGGCCUGUGUGUGUAUGUGGAAAAGUGGGCUCAUUGAGACCCACUUUUAGUUCGGAGCCUUGUGGCGGAGGGGCGUCGUCGGUCUGGCGGGGGCAAUGGGCCAGAGGAAGGGCCGAGAAAGGGGCCCUGGGGGCUGGCCUGAAGGUGGCUAUCCAGAAAUUGUGAAGGAGAAUGCAUUGUUUGAGCAUUACUAUGGUACUCUGGGCAUUGUGCCUCAGGCGGAGUGGGAGAGCUUCAUGGCAGCCCUGCGAGAGCCACUUCCUGCCACCCUCCGCAUAACAGGGUACAAGAGCCAUGCCAAGGAAAUCCUGCACUGUCUGAAGAACAAAUAUUUCAAGGAAUUAGAAAACAAGAUGGUAGAUGGUCAGAAAAUUGAAAUGCCACAACCAUUAAAUUGGUAUCCAGAAGAGUUAGCAUGGCAAACAAACCUGAGCAGAAAAGUCCUGCGGAAAUCCCCAGAGCUAGAAAAAUUUCAUCAUUUUCUUGUCAGUGAAACAGAAUGUGGAAACAUUAGCCGUCAAGAAGCUGUCAGUAUGAUUCCUCCCCUUCUUCUUAAUGUCCAGCCUCAUCAUAAGAUUCUAGAUAUGUGUGCUGCACCUGGAUCUAAGACUGCCCAGCUGAUUGAAAUGCUGCAUGCAGACGUGAAUGUUCCUUUUCCAGAGGGAUUUGUAAUUGCAAAUGAUGUUGACAACAAGCGCUGCUAUUUGCUAGUCCAUCAGGCAAAGAGGUUAAACAGCCCAUCUAUCUUAGUUGUAAAUCAUGAUGCCUCCAGCAUCCCUAAUUUACAAAUAACCACAAAUGGAAAAAGGGAAAUCCUCUUCUAUGAUAGAAUAUUAUGUGAUGUCCCUUGCAGUGGAGAUGGGACCAUGAGAAAAAACAUUGAUGUAUGGAAAAAAUGGACCACUCAAAACAGCUUACAAUUACAUGGGUUGCAGUUAAGGAUUGCAACACGUGGAGUUGAGCAGCUGGCAGAAGGAGGCAGGAUGGUGUACUCUACCUGUUCAUUGAAUCCUAUUGAAAAUGAAGCUGUCAUUGCCUCUCUGCUGGAGAAGAGUGAAGGUGCUUUAGAACUUGCUGAUGUCUCUGCUGAGCUGCCAGAUCUAAAGAGAAUGCCUGGGAUUACAAAGUGGAAGGUAAUGGCAAAAGAUGGUCAGUGGUUUGAAGACUGGAAAGAAGUCCCUUCAAACAGGCAAACCCAGAUCAGGCCCACUAUGUUUCCCUUAAAAGAUACAGAAAAACUUAAAGCAUUAAAUUUGGAGCGCUGCCUUAGAAUUUUACCCCAUCAUCAGAAUACUGGAGGCUUCUUUGUAGCUGUACUAAUUAAGAAAUCUCAUAUGCCAUGGAAUAAACGCCAACCAAAGUUCCAGCAUAAGCAGCCACAGAAGACAGGAGAUGUAGUCCCCGUGGCUACAGAACAGGGAUCUUCAGAAACUGUUGAAGUAACUGUGACAGCAAAAGGAAAAGAUGGAGACUCCUUGGUAAAUGAGAGUACUGAAGUGAAGAAGGAUGGAGUUUGUGGGCCUCCACCUUCUAAAAAAAUGAAACUUUUUGGAUUUAAAGAAGAUCCAUUUGUAUUUAUUUCAGAAGAAGAACCACUAUUUCCAGCUAUUCAAACUUUUUAUGCAUUGGAUCCUUUGUUCCCCAAAAUGAAUUUGUUAACUCGUACUCAAGAAGGAAAGAAGAGGCAGCUAUACAUGGUUUCCAAGGAAAUAAGGAAUGUACUGCUGAAUAACAGUGAAAAGCUUAAGGUUAUUAACACAGGAAUAAGAGUGUGGUCCCGGAAUAGUGAUGGAGAACAGUUUGGCUGUGCCUUCAGAUUAGCACAAGAGGGAAUAUAUACACUUUAUCCCUUCAUUAAUGCAAGGAUUGUAAAUGCCAAUAUAGAGGAUGUUAAAGUGCUGCUGACAGAAGAGAACCCAUUCUUAAGUAAAUUCAGUAAUGAGGCAUGCAGCCAAUUAAAAGGGAUGGCUAUAGGGAGCGUAGUCUUGAAGUAUGAACCAGAUUCAAACAAACCAGAUACCCUUCAGUGUCCUAUAGUGCUAUGUGGCUGGCUUGGCAAGACUUCCCUCCGUGCCUUUGUCCCCAAGAAUGAGAAAUUGCAUUACCUGAGAAUGAUGGGGGUGGAGGUAUUCAAAGCAAAGAGGAAAGAAGAAAAUACAGAAGGCAAAACAGAAACAGGAUCCAUAGACACUGCAGAGCAAAUACCAGAAGAAAUGAACUUGGAAUGUGAAGCCAAGUUACCCGUACAGGCAGAAGAUGAAUUGAAUGCUCAACCUGUGAAGGAACUCAUGGAAUCGAGUAUAGCACAAAAUCUUUCUUCCAGUAACAAAAAUGAGAGUACCAAAAAUACAGAUGUCAAAGAUAAAGGAGAUAUUGGUGAUAAAGAAGACUAAAACGUUAAUUCUUACUGACUAUAUUAUUUUAUAGUAAUGCAACUAAGCAUUGAAAGCAAGUUUUAAUAAAAAAAAAUCUAUAACAAUUUAUUGAGAAAAUGUGUGGGGAUGGUUUAAAAGAGCUUCUUCCUCUUUAAAUAAUUUAUAUAUAUAUAUUGUUUUUUUCUUCCUUUUUUAAAAAAACAUGUAAACUCUGUGAUGCUUAUAACUUCAGUGGGUCUUUUGCCAGAAAUAGAUUACACACCACAAAAAUGACACUUGACAGUGUCCAUGUUGAUUAAAUCAUUGCUUUGUGCGUCUAAUUUAUAAAAUUGAGCUAAUAUACUUUGUCAGUUGAAAUAAUAUUGAUGACAGGGAAUCUGUCAUCAACUUUUAUAUACAUGUAAAGAUAGGUUUCCUGUGUUUAUUUAAAAUGGGUCCAUGGUUUGAAAGUGAAAUGAAAGUCUGGAUGUUAACUGUAUAUUUGACCUUAGCUUUGUGAUGGUAUCGGCUUACAGUAGGCAGCAUUUCAUGGUUCAGUAUUUUAAUACGGACCUGGGCAGUCUCCCCUCUUCUUCCAAUACUGACAUUUCCCCUUUUGAAAUGGAAAAUUUCACUUCCAAAAGCCUCCUGGAAGUGCAUGUCAUUUCUCAAAAUGAGAAAUUUUAAAUCCAACAGGUAAUAGGAUGUACAAGAGAACAAAAUAACCACCAUGUAUUGAGUGAAAAUGUAAGGUAUUUUCUAAUCUCAGUGAGGAUUCUUGUUAAUUGAGAGUUAGGGUCAGUGUUAUGUCCAUCUCUUCUAUUUGAUGGCCCCAGUGAAAAUGCCAAUACCUUCCCACAAUGGAGGAAACAUCCAAGACCCCUCAAUGGGACCUUCACUGCAUCUGAAAAAUAUUUGGAUCCCUAAACAUUACCCUUGGAUGAAACAAAAAGCAAUAGACAUAUUGUGCUACUUCUUUGGGGGAGGGGGGGAACAGACCCUGGCCGGUUUUUGUUCAUAGCAAGUGGGUGAAAUUUAGAGGAUGUUUUUACAGCUGUCCAGGCAACUGCCACAAAAGUGACCUCACAUUUAGGUCUAGUUCUUCGAUCCCCAAGGUAUGUGUGCCCCACACAUAUGUUGUGGAGACCUACAAGGCUUGUUACAGGCUACCAGAAAAGGAAACUUCAUUCCUGGUCAUCCUGCCUCGAGCAAUAAGCAAGGAGGUCUUUGCAUCGCUUCCAGUUCCUCCACAUCCCCACUGGAUGUCUUACACAGGGCUACCAAGAGCAAGAAUAGCUGGCAUGCUCUCCUAGCUGUGUUUACCCUGUGUGUUCAGAGAAUGCCUGAGUGGAACUUACAUUGAUGGGUUUUAUAUUUCUGUUUCAAAUAUUGGGCUCUGUCUGCUAUGUAGGCAACUUUCCAUAGAAAGGGACUUCAGGAACUCUUGAAACUAAGUAUAGGCACUGCUUCUGUGCUCUGGCAAAUGUGACCCUGUCCUUGUUUGCCCCAGGUUCUGAAGCAUACAUAGGGAGAAUGCUUAUGAGUAGGGCCUCCUUCUAUGUCAGAUGAUGGCUCGGGGGCCAACCUUGAAGCUUUUGUUAAGGUUUUGCUUUUUUUACUUUUACGUCAGCAAUAGUUCAAUUCAUUAAACUUCAGUUUCUUUGGAGGGUUAAAGCUAUCUUAGUAAGUAGUUCUACAGUGAUGGGUGCUUCCUAGUUAAACCUCUGUAAUGGCAUUCUUCCUUGUGAAUGUAAUGGGGACUACCACACCACUAUUUGACAGGGAAGUAAAAGGAAUUUACAGGUAAGUAGAUACUAUGCUGCUGGGGGAAAAUGGAAGUAUUAUUGUGUCCAUUGUUUAAAUAUUUUGUGCCGCAGCAGUGGCAGGAACACUUUAACCUAUGCAUGUUUGGAUCUCACUCUUAUGUUCCAGCUUUAGGGAAAAUUCUGACGCACAUUAAGUUACAGAUUUACUGAACUGACAUUCUGUUCAAGUGUAGAACUUUGCUAUCUGCGGCAUAGUAAAUAAAACAACUUUGUUUACUGUUC